UUGUCAAAUGUUAGGUCCUUUGUUAAAAAUAGUGACGCUGUCAUUUCGCUGUUAAUACGUGAGAGCUAUGAUUUGGUUUUUCUCUCGGAAUCUUGGUUAACUCCUAAUAUUGAAGUAUCUAGUUUGCUAGGUGUUGCUAACUCUCAGUACACUCAUCUCAGAUGUGAUCCUACCAGAAGAAAAGGAGGGGGUGUCCUGAUUCUCAUUAGAAGCGCUAUACCUCACAAUAUUGUCUUGAGUGAAUCAGUACCCGAAGCUUAUGAAAUUAUUGUUAUUGAUGCAUACCUUAACCUUACCACUGUCAGAUUCGUGUUAAUCUACAGGACUCCAUCUUGUAAUGCCCUCAAGACCAAUUUACUUCUUAAAGCUAUAAGUGACUUCAGUUCUCAUGAUGGAGCAACUCUCGUACUAGGUGACUUUAACAUGGCUGAUGCUGCUUGUAUCAAAGUGAUGCAGACGCUGUACUCUCAUGAGUUUGUCCAGCUAGUACAUACCCCUACCCGAGGCAGCUCCAUCCUUGACUUGGUCUUCUGUAAUCGCCGCUUCCUAGUCUCAGGAGUCAAUGUUCUACCACCCAUUGGUACCAGUGACCAUGCCUACUGUUCAUCGGCACUGGUUAGGGACUUCUCUCGAGUGGAUUGGCGGGCUGUCGGAGAUUACCUCGGAGGCGUCGACUGGAUUGGUUCCUUUAAUAGCGUUUGCUCAGUUAAUGAUAAGUACGAGUUAUUCCUGUCCAUUUUGAAUGAUGUCAUCAACACUUUUGUCCCACUUUGUAAAGUCAAGCGGGGGUACAGAUUCCUUCCCGGAUAUUUAGAUCGAAUGAUUACUCGUUGCGCAGAUCUCUGGGAUUUAGCGGUCAAAGAAAACACAGAAUCUGCUGGACUUCUUACAAACAGUUUACUCGAAAGAUGGAUAAGGCCCUUGCGAAAUACUAUGCAAGCGUUGAGAAUAAAAUAA